ACCCCAGCGAGACGAUUUAGGGCAAAACCCCACCCCUCUUUCACUCUGCAACAUCUUGGUCACUCGUAGAUCGAUCUUUCAAUCUUGCAAACGAAAUGGACAUCACUGAAGAGAUCAGAGCCACCAACAAGAAAGCCUUCACAGAGUUAUUCGACUCAAACUACGAUACCUUAGAUGAAGAUAUCCGCAACAUGAUCCACAACAAACGCCGUCGUUUAAUCUUCCAGCUCACUCACCUCUUUCAACGCGGAGCUGAAGAUCUCGCUCGAAGGUUGUUGCAAAACCCUAGCGAGUAUAUACAGUCGUUAGCGGAUUUCAUAACGGAGAGAACACGGAGUAUUGACCCCAAAUACUUGAAGGAAGGGGAGCAAGUGUUGGUAGGGUUUGAUGGACCGUUUGUGUCAAGGAAGGUUACUCCUAGAGAUCUUCUUUCUGAGUUUAUUGGUUCUAUGGUCAAAGUUGAAGGGAUUAUUACUAAAUGUUCUCUUGUAAGGCCAAAAGUUGUGAAAAGUGUUCAUUAUUGCCCUUCAACUAAGCAAUUUACAUCUCGUGAGUAUCGAGAUAUUACUUCUACAAUGGGUUUGCCAACAGGUUCCGUGUAUCCAACCCGGGAUGACAAUGGCAAUCUGUUAGUAACUGAGUAUGGUCUUUGCAAUUACAAAGAUCAUCAAACACUUUCAAUGCAAGAAGUGCCUGAAAACUCUGCUCCUGGUCAACUUCCGAGAACUGUUGAUGUCAUCGCAGAAGAUGAUUUGGUUGACUCAUGCAAACCUGGAGACCGUGUGGCAAUUGUUGGAGUUUACAAAGCUAUUCCUGGGAAAAGUCAAGGCAGUGUCAAUGGAGUAUUUAGGACUGUGCUUAUAGCAAACAAUGUUUCUCUACUGAACAAAGAGGCGAACGCUCCAGUUUAUAGUUCCGAAGACUUGAAACACAUUAAAAAGAUAGCUGAGAGAGAAGAUACAUUUGACUUGCUGUCUAGAUCACUGGCACCUUCAAUCUAUGGGCAUUCAUGGAUUAAGAAAGCGGUUAUUUUACUUAUGCUUGGUGGGACAGAGAAGAAUCUUAAAAACGGGACCCACUUAAGAGGUGACAUUAACAUGAUGAUGGUUGGAGAUCCUUCUGUUGCGAAGUCACAGCUUCUUAGAGCUAUUAUGAAUAUUGCUCCACUGGCAAUUUCAACCACUGGUCGUGGUUCUUCUGGGGUUGGAUUGACAGCUGCAGUUACUUCUGAUCAAGAAACAGGAGAAAGAAGGCUAGAAGCUGGUGCUAUGGUUCUUGCUGACAGAGGUGUGAUCUGUAUUGAUGAAUUUGACAAAAUGAAUGAUCAAGAUCGUGUAGCAAUACAUGAGGUUAUGGAGCAGCAGACUGUAACCAUUGCAAAAGCUGGUAUUCACGCAUCAUUAAAUGCUAGAUGCAGUGUGGUAGCAGCUGCUAAUCCCAUUUAUGGAACAUAUGACCGUUCAAUUACCCCAACAAAGAAUAUUGGGCUUCCUGAUUCCUUGCUGUCACGUUUUGAUUUGCUGUUCAUUGUGUUGGACCAAAUGGACCCUGAGAUAGAUCGAAGGAUCUCUGAUCAUGUUUUGCGUAUGCACCGUUUUCGAUCUGCUACAGAUGGAGGUGAUGAAGUAUCAAUGUAUGGAAGGGAGGAUGAAUCUGAUUUAGAUACAUCUAUAUUUGUUGAGUAUAAUCGAAUGCUACAUGGAAGAACAAGGGGUAGGAGACCUAACGCUGAAGCUCUGAAAAUCAAGUUUCUUAAAAAGUAUAUUCAUUACGCAAAACACAGGAUUCAGCCAGAUCUCACUGAUGAGGCAUCUGAGUACAUUGCAACUGCAUAUGCAGAGCUCAGAAACAGUGGUGGUGGCACCAGGACUGGAGGAACGCUUCCGAUUACUGCCAGAACUCUGGAGACUAUUAUUCGACUAUCUACAGCACAUGCUAAACUUAAACUGAGUAAACAGGUUUUAAAAUCUGAUGUAGAAGCUGCCUUGAGAGUUCUCAAUUUUGCUAUUUACCAUCAAGAAUUAACUGACAUGGAAGAACGUGAGCAUCAACAGGAAAAAGAGCUAGAAAGAAAGCGCAAAGCUACUACUCAAACAGGGGACGCAGCUGCAGCUGAACCUGAAGCAAUGGACGUAGAUGAACCUCCAGUGGCACCAACCAUAUCCGCUGAAAGGAUUGCUGCAUUUAGGCUUGCAUUUGAGCGGCAUAGACAUGAUACCCGGUUUGAAAAAGUAACUAUAGACGAGAUUGAGCGGGUUGUUAACAUCGGCGCAGCAGUACCUUACUUGAGGGCAGAGAUUAUGGUCCUCCUAGAGGACUGGAAAGAAGCAGUAUAUAUCAACGGGGAGGAUGUUUAUGCCAUAUACUGAGUAUUGCGUAGCAUGGAGAGAUGUUUUUAUGGUAUUUGAUUCUUGACAGUGUUAGAUGAAUGUUUGUAACUUUUUAACUACCUUUUGUAUGAAUAUUAAGUUUCCUAUCCUAUUUAGAUAGUUGCUAUUUAUCCCCUUUAAA